GGAAAGCCUGUGCUGUAAGCCUUUCCGGUUGAAACCCUAUUGAACAUCUUGCGCCUCCAAUCUGUGCCAUGAAUCUUCAUUGGAGAAAGGCUUAUAGUAAAGUCUUAGGCCCCGAUGGAUCUCAAGUCUGGCGGAUUAUAUUAACGGAGUGAGAAUCGAAUCGAACGGUCUUAGUUUUCUCAGUCGACGGAAGCCGGGUUCUGGUUUGGAUAUGACUGGCGUAUAUACGCAUCCGAAAAAACAGCAAUAUAAGCAAUGAAAAUGCUCAUCGGAUCCGUCGAUGCGAUUCGUUCUUGCGAUAUAUGGGUUACCAGACAGCGUUGCAAAAGACCGCCGUAUUAACUGCACUUGGACCCGUUUUGGAUCUGCAGUGAUUACGCUUGAGGUUGCAGCAAAUCAGACUUAAUAUCCCAGUAUUUCAUCUGAGUUUUCCGAAGAUGUAGCCAAAAACUACUAAUUCGUUCACCGUAUUUUGCCAUAUGUUUUGGACUGUCAAGGACUCUCUCCAGUCUCGAUUGUGUGUAUUUGUGGCAUCGCUGGGAGUAGUCACUUGAUGGAUAAUGUGUUCAUCCCGGUAGCAAAUGUCCUCUUAAAUUAUGCUGCUAUGCAUCACCAGUUGCUUGAUUUGUGUUAACGGACCUUACGUUUUUAUUAACAUUUCGAACGAAAUCUCACCGGCAUUUUUCCCGUGAUCCAGUGCACAAAGUUGGUGCUGUUGCUUAAUUAAAGCACAAAAAUCACAUUCGCUUUUACACUACCGAUAUGCGCUUUACCGCAACUUAUUGCGAGAGAAUUUCGAUGUUAUUGUUGCACUGAUUGACUGUUUUGGAAUUUAUCUGAAAAGGUUUUGAGAAAUCUUUUUUCCCUCUGGUUUGCUUUAAAAUUGCGUUAAUUUGCAACAUUCGUGCAAUACACGGGACCAGGGACACAUUACGGAAACCGGAAGUCUGGAGCAAUGGUGUGGUGUUGUGGACUUCGCUCCCCGAAAUGGAUCAGAUAUAUAAUUCCAAUUUUUAUACUUCUCUUGGAUUCAGUUUGCUGCAGCCAGGAUGCAAAGCGUUUAUACGAUGACCUGAUGAAGGAUUACAAUAAACUGAUUAGACCGGUUCGCAGUAAUACGGGCACCCUAAAUGUUUCCCUGGGACUGAAGCUGACGCAGCUCAUUGACGUGGAUGAAGUGAAUCAGGUCAUUACAACAAAUGUUUGGGUGCGCCAGGAGUGGAAUGAUUACAAGCUGAGCUGGGAUCCAAAAGAAUAUGGAAACAUUACUGUUUUGUACAUUCCCAGUGAAUACAUGUGGCUGCCCGAUAUCGUCUUGUAUAACAACGCUGACGGUAACUACGAAGUCACACUGAUGACAAAAGUCGAAGUGCGCUCCAAUGGUGAUGUACGAUGGGAGCCGCCCGCGAUAUACAAAAGUUACUGCCUGAUAAAUGUGGAAUUUUUUCCUUAUGAUGAGCAAAAAUGCAAAAUGAAAUUUGGAAGCUGGACAUACGAUGGGUGGGCGGUGGAUCUGAAGCCUAUACGAGGAUAUCACAAUGAUAGUGUCGACAUCGCUAUUGGAAUGGAUCUGUCGGAAUACUAUCCAAGCAUCGAAUGGGACAUUAUUGCGGUGCCAGCAAGACGGCACACCAUCUAUUACCCGUGCUGCACGGAGCCGUAUCCGGAUAUCACCUUCACCAUCAUUAUCCGCCGGAAAACGCUAUUUUUCACCGUUAACUUGAUCAGCCCGUGUGUUGCCAUUUCAUUCCUGACGAUUUUAGUAUUUUACUUACCGAGUGACAGUGGCGAAAAGGUUACCCUGUGUAUUUCUAUUUUGCUUUCCUUGACUGUGUUUUUCCUCCUUCUCGCAGAGAUUAUUCCUCCUACAUCACUGGUGAUUCCUUUAAUUGGAAAAUACUUACUCUUCACAAUGAUAUUGGUCACUUUAAGCAUCGUUGUCACGAUAACAGUUCUGAACGUUCAUUUUCGCAACCCGGCAACACAUCGCAUGCCGCGCUGGGUACGAAAAGUGUUCAUCCAGUUUUUGCCGCGUGUUUUGUUGAUGCGGCGGCCGACACACCGGAAAGAAGAGGAUCUGAUGGGGCCCCAGCGAUUUAAUUGUAAUGACGACCACGCGCGGCGCCGGCAUUCGCCGUAUAACCACCAAGCGCAGCCGCAUCUGAGCUAUUCUGCCGUAAUGACCCAGGAAGAUCUGCUGUCUACUCCCGAUCUUGAUCAUCUGCGCAGAAGACCUUAUUCUUCGGAUGUCCAAAGAGCGAUUGAUGGGAUCCGCUUCAUCGCCGAUCACAUCCGCGAAACGGAUGCUUUUGGAAAUACGGUUCAAGAUUGGAAGUACGUGGCGAUGGUGCUGGAUCGAUUAUUUUUAUGGAUAUUUAGCAUUGCUUGUGUUGUGGGAACUUUGGUCAUUAUACUGCGAGCGCCUAGUUUAUAUGAUACAAAGGAGCCGAUACCAAAAAAGAAUUGCUAUAAUGUUAUUCCAGGAAGCGACGAAAGCAUGAAAUGCUUAUUUGAGGCGAAAGAUUCAGCAGCAUUGCUCGAUUUGCAUUCAUAAUGAUGUAAAAGGCAAUUCGGAUUUAACCUUUUACCAAGAGCACCAAUUCCGGACAAACCGAUUCAUGCCGUUUAAUAAAGCCACACUUUGCAUGCAUAUUUGUUCAAUGCAUAUGUAUAUCCCACCUCAAACGGGCCAACUUGUACAGACCAGCUGAAAAGCGAGCUGCGAAUGCGCAUGGCAAUAAAAACAGAUGAAUAUAUUUUUUCUGGAACAUCUAUAUCUUUCGCUUGUCCAGAGCUUCUCUGUAAUCAAAUAACAUGGGGGCAUCCAAGAGUAUUCCAAGUGUGCCAAUAACGCAGGAUAACGUAAAAAUCCAUAAAAACAAUCGAUCUGGAAAUUCAA